GUGUGGAAGUUCUACCCUAAAUUCUUCCACCAUAUAUAUGCACAAGUCAAAAAGAGGUGGCUUAGAAAACAACCUUUCAAACCCCUUUCUCCAUGGCGUCUUCCUCACAAAGAACCAAGAUCAAGAACAAGAUAAGAGUAGUAAAGAAAAGAAAAUAAUGGAGAGCGAUGAAAUGCAGAACUUCAUUAAAGUAUGGCUUGCAGUUAUCAUUUCUCUAUGUCAUUGUUAUGCAAUUAGAAACAUUAUUCCUAUAGGGAUCAAAAGACUACUCUUUGUUCUCCCGGUUGUUUGCCUCUUUCUUUACCUUCCUAUCAAUAUCUUCUCUCCUCAUCUUGGUGGCACUACUGCCUUUUUCAUUGCUUGGCUUGCAAAUUUCAAGCUCCUCCUCUUUGCUUUUGGUAAAGGUCCUCUUUCUGCAGAUCCAUCAAUUUCUCUUCCUCUUUUUGUGGCUGUUUCUUGCUUACCCAUCAAGAUCCAUAAGAACCCGCCACCCAAAACGCCUUUAAAUCAUCAAAACAAAGAAAACCCACCUCCAAAACCAUAUCAAAAUGGCCAAACCAAAGAAACCCCAUCAAGAAAACCAAGAGAAGGCCCUCUAAAUUAUGCAAUAAAGGGUAUAUUAGUGGCCAUUUUGGUACGUGUUUAUGAUUAUAGUGACUAUAUCCACCCAAAAAUCAUUAUAGUUCUCUAUGCCUUCCAUGUCUACUUCUUACUUGAGCUCACUCUUGCCAUAAGUGCAGCCCUGGCUCGAACCAUGCUCGGCAUAGAGCUCGAACCACAGUUCAACGAACCCUACCUCUCCACUUCGCUUCAAGAUUUCUGGGGCAAGAGAUGGAACCUCAUGGUAACUCGCAUACUACACCCUACCGUAUACGAACCCACACGCAACUUCUGCGCGCGUGUCAUUGGCAGAGAGUGGGCAACGCUCCCAGCUGUUUUCGGAACAUUUGUGGUGUCAGCAGUAAUGCACGAGCUCAUGUUCUACUACCUGGGGCGCGUGAGACCCACGUGGGACAUCACUACGUUCUUUCUUCUACAUGGAUUCUGUUUAACCGCGGAGAUUGCUCUAAAGAAGAUGAUAAAAGACAAGUGGCAACUGCCGGGGUUAUUGUCUGGAAUCUUGACAGUUGGGUUUGUCAUGACGACAGCGUUUUGGCUGUUUUUUCCAAAGUUCAUGGAGUGCAGGAUUGAUGUUAGGGCGUUUGAGGAAUACGCGGCACUAGGAGCGUGGGUAAGGAAUGCGAGUGAAAGCGCAUUGCGAAUUUGGCAGGGUGAUAGACCGGCAUGAUUUAGUCUCAAAGAAAAAAUGAACGGUUCUGAUUUGCUAAUGCUGUGUUCUUUCUGAUCCCAUAAAAAACACUUUGUUACGAGACAAUGUCGUUUAAUACAACGUAGUAAUCAGAUUUCAUAGUCUUA